AUGUUUUUAUUAUUGUUAUUUUGUAUUUAUUUUGUAUAUCCAAAAUGUUUACAACCAACAAUUCCUGAAAAUUGUCAAAUAUAUCUACCUGAUUCAUCUCCAUAUGAGGUUGGAAGUAUUGCAAAGUAUACCUGUUCUACGAAUUUUAAAAGAAUUGGAAAUGAGGAAAGAAAAUGUGAGGAUGAUGGUACAUGGUCUGGAGAUGUUCCAUUAUGUGGUAUUGAUGUUGCUAAAGAUAAACCAUCUUUUCAGUCAUCAGGAAAUUCAGCAAUGUAUGCUGUUACUACAAUUCCUAUGUGUUCAAUAACAGAAAAUUCUGUUUAUGAAUCAUCAUCAUGGAGUGUAGAUUUACUUUCAACAUAUAAAAUAAGGGCAAUAUCAUAUGUAACAGGACAUUUAUCAGGAAUCAUUUCAGAUAUAUUUUUAAUUGAUUCAAAUGGUCAAAAACAUAGUUGUUCUAAAUUUAUUCAUCAAAAACUUAAUACUCCCAAUGAAACAGUAACUGUUCAUUGUCAGGGUAAUAAUAUAUCUAAAAUUAAAAUGAUUGUUGCUGGUAAAUUACAUCUUUGUGAAUUUAAAGCUUAUGCCAUUGAUAUACAAGCACCCUGGCAAUGUGGUUUAUCAAAAAUGGAUGUUUUAGCAGUAUAUGAAGGAACAUGUUUUUCAUCUUCACAUCAUCAGAAACUUGACUGGAAAAAUGCUCAAAAAAGUUGUCUUGAUAUUGGGGGUACUCUUCCAAUUAGAAUAACAAAUGUUACUAGGACAGUUAUUAGAUCAGCAUUAACAUCAUCACCCGGUGCAUCAAAUUUCUAUUGGAUUGGUUUAAUUGGAUCACAAUCAGGUUGGAACUGGGCUGAUGGGGAUAUAUUAAAUGAAAAUGAAAAUGAUUGGUAUGAGAAACCACCUGAAAUAAAAAGUAAUGAGGCAUUAGCAGCAGCAAUUGGUAAACCAGCAUCAUGGAAAUGGAUAAGUGCAUCACAAAGUGUAUGGAAUUCAUUUAUAUGUCAAACAAAACCAAAAUAUUGUACAAAUCCUGGGGUUUCAGAAAAUUCAAAAGUUAUCUUUUCAUCACAAACAUUUACCAUUGGAACAAUUGCAUUUUAUUCAUGUGAAUAUGGUUUUAAAUUAAUUGGACAACCAAAAAGAAGAUGUAAUGAUGAUGGUUUAUGGUCUUAUGAUAUUCCUGAAUGUAAACCAAUAACAUGUCCAGAACCACAAUAUUGGGAGAAAGGAAAUAUUAUAAAAGUUAACAAUUCAUUGACAUUUGGUUCAUUAAUUGAGUAUAAAUGUUUAAAAGGAUAUGUUCUUGAUCAAACUAUAUCCAAUACACCAUUUCGUGUUUGUACCUCAGAAGGUCAAUGGUCAAAUACAAUUCCAUCAUGUAAAAAAAUUGAUUGUGGAAUUCCACCAACAAUAGCUAAUGGUAUCUUUCAGGCAAAUAGUUAUACUCUUAACUCAAGUGCAAUUUAUAAAUGUGAUGAAAAUUACCAAUUGAUGGGACACUUACAAAUUACUUGUACAGAAAGUGGUACAUGGCAACCACAGCCACCUAUAUGUUUAGAUCCAACAACAUUUAAAAGUUCAAAUGAUCCAUUGAAACGUAAUGAUAUAAUUUUAUUUGUUAUAAUUUUUUUCCUUUUAAUUCUUUUAACAUUAUUAACAUUGAAAGUAUUUUUAAACCAAAAAAGUUAUAUACCAAGUGAAAAAAUUCAAAAUUUUUUACCAAAUGUACUUAAUCAUAUAAGAUUUAAAUCUCGUGAACCAUCUUCUGGUAUGACAUCAUCAACUUUAGAUCGUUCCUCAAAUUCGCAUAAUAGUAUGGUUAAUUCAAAUAAUAUUGUUUAUGCAACACCUUCUAUUCCAACUAACUCAUCAUCUACAAUAACAGAUAAUACUGGAAUUUAUUAUACAUCAUCACCAUUAUCAAUAAUAGAUCCUUCAAUAAAAAUAAAUGGUAUCCAACAAAUUGAAAUACCACCACAUCUUAUACAAAUGCACCAAUUACCUAAUGGAAAUAUUCAAUUAACUAUGCCUGCAUCAAGACCAAUAGUAAGACCAUCUAUACCAUUAUUUACACCAAUACCCUCUAUUGAACUCGAUAAAACAUUAUCAUUAAAAAAAAGUUUACCAUCUCCAACUAAUAGUCAAAUAUUAUAUUCAUUUGAUUAUGAAAAUUAUUAUGAUAUCCCCCCAGAUGGAGGUGUUGAUUUAUAUGAAGAAGUAAAAAAUCCAACAGGCGAUGCACAUUGUUUAUAA